AUGACAUCGCUUCAACAAACACCGCAACAACCGCAGCCUAUAGUGCAGCACCAGUCUUCCACUCAUAUGAUGAAGACUACACGCUCGGGACGGCCUUUUGCAAAGGACAUUCACGACCUAUAUGCUGCGUUAAUGGUCUCACUACCGAUGGACACACACAGGCACAUGUUUCGCAGUUACCCACAUAGUUUUACCACGGAAGAAGCGAUUAACAACCUUGGCUCGCUAAAAUUCACCCAAUCACAUCGUAGCCAAGAUGCAAGAGACCCGUUGCGAAUACUAUUCGAGAACGUAUUAGACUCGAGCAAUCGCUCAUUCAAAGACAAGUGUCUAUAUUCACUCACUUCCAAGGGGCUCUACGUUCUCGAACAUUUUAUAACCAAGAAUCUCAUAGCUUCCAAUCAUUUAACGAAAUUAUUCGCUGCUCAAGCUGCCCCGAUCAAGCUAUUCUAUCUCGAAAGAACCGUGGAGACCGAUUCACUCGUUUUAAAUAAACAAACUUUAGUGCCCAUAUUUAGACGGUUUGCUGGUCAACGUCCAAAUCUGCGAGGUGAUCGUAAUCUAGGUAUUGAAUUGCGCGAGAAAUCCAGCAAUCGAACAUUGCUGCUUGUUUUUCAAGGAGGAAGUGCAUGUGACUGGCUCUGUGACUUUACAACAGUAGUCACACGUGAAGAAGCGGUAAAAGUAUUUAAUGAAUUCUUACGUAAUAAGCUUGUUGAACCAAUUCCCGACAAGAGAUCAUCCGAACGAAGAGACAACGAACUUCGAUACUCGAAAACGACGUUUUAUAGACUCAGCGAAGAGGGUCAACGAAUAGCUGGAUGGGAUAUAUUGGAUAUUACAACCGUCCACACCGAUAACGGCAGUAAUAGAAAUAAACUGAAAGAGUUGUUGAGUUAUGGAAAUAUCCGGCCGGCAAUUAUCAACAAGGACAAAGUCGCUGAUCGAGCCACCGCUCAGUCAUUGUUAGACAAAGAGAAAGUCAAUACAAAACCAGUGAGGAAACACAGAAACUCGGUCAGCGCAUUGCCUCAGUAUAAAGAGUCGAAUAACAAAAAGUUACAACAGAUUUUGGAGGAUCAGACGCUGAGCACGCUGUUUAUGGACUUUUUAAAGUCUAAAUUAUGCGAAGAAAAUUUAUUAUUCUUGCUUGACAUAAAGCAGUUGAAGCAGAAAUAUUCACGUGAUGCCAAUGAAGUGGGAGAGAUACAGGAUCCGAUGGAGAAACAGAGAUUCAUUGCUGAUGCGUUUAGGAUUUAUAAUACGUUUCUCGCUCCCGGAUCGGCUAACGAAUUGAACAUUGAUCACACAUUGAGACAACAUUACAACCAGAUAAUAACGACGAUUGUUUCACUUGAUGCGGAUGCAAACACUUCAGAAGUUCCCAAAUCUGUAGUCACCAUUAAUUUGUUCAAUAAGAUAGAAGACACAAUUUUCCGUCUGAUGGCCUCUGAUUCAGUACCCAAAUUUAUAAGGACAGAAAGUUAUAUUGCUACCUUGUACGGUAGACAGAGUCACGAUACGGUCAAUAUCAAUGACGCAGAUAGAACCCACAGACAUACGAACUCUUUAGCUACGACAGCUCAUGAUUUAGCUGAGCCUAUUACUGUUAGUGGCGAAGCAGUAUGA